GGUAUCCCUGGAGGAACUGGAUUUAAAGGUCAAAAGGGACUGCAGGGUGUUUCGGGGAGUAGAGGACAGGAUGGCACUCAUGGUACACCUGGAUCCAUUGGACCACCGGGGUCAGAUGGAGAUAGAGGACCUACAGGACCCCAGGGUUUACAGGGAAAACCUGGUGCACCAGGAAUUCAAGGUCCUAUUGGAAAAACUGGGGAACCAGGGAACCGAGGUCUCGCUGGCAAACCUGGAAAGCCUGGAAUCACGGGUGUCAAAGGCAGAGAGGGUUCAGUAGGGUUUCAUGGCAGUCCUGGGGAAAAGGGGAAAAAUGGCCCUGAGGGGCCAAAAGGAAAGCCUGGUCAGCCAGGUCCUCGAGGCAUACCAGGAGAGAAGGGCUACAUAGGACCACUUGGCCCACAAGGAAACAUAGGCCAGUGGGGUGAGACAGGUCUGCAGGGGCCGGUAGGAAAUCAAGGGCCCCGGGGACCUCCUGGGCCAUAUGGAGUGGCUGGGUACCCAGGUAAAGAUGGACCACCUGGACCCAUCGGACCUCCAGGAGAUAAAGGCAAUAUGGGACUGAGAGGAGCCAGUGGACUGAAGGGAGUUGCCGGUAUCGAUGGUGAGGAGGGGCUAGUGGGUAAAACUGGACCAGUCGGACCAGCAGGAAGUAAAGGAUUGCCUGGUGAGAAGGGUCAAAAAGGCUCUCUUGGUGAACGUGGCCUAAAAGGAAUCCCAGGUGAGAGUGGAAAUCGAGGACCACUUGGAGCGAAAGGACCAAUAGGAAGAGAUGGGUUGAGUGGUGCUCCAGGGCAGAAGGGAGAUCCUGGAUCACCUGGUGAAAAAGGUCAGUCAGGUGUAAGAGGUCAAUCCGGCUUGGUGGGAAAGUACGGUCCUGGGGGGAACAUGGGAGAAGCUGGUGAUAAGGGCGACAAAGGUCUACGUGGACUUGUUGGUGAGGCAGGAACAAAUGGGUCUCCAGGUCCAAAUGGUGCUGUUGGAUUACCGGGUUUGCCAGGAAAAGAAGGAUUUGUUGGACAAAGUGGAAAGCAUGGGCUUAAAGGAGAGCCUGGAUUUAAAGGGAAUUCAGGGGGCCCUGGGAAGAUAGGAUCAAUUGGUAUUCAAGGCCCAAGCGGGAAGAAAGGAGAGCCUGGAACAAGAGGCAAAAUGGGUUCAGUGGGUCAGCCAGGAGCUAGGGGUCCUCAUGGUCUGAAGGGAAAACCAGGAUCUUCAGGACCUCCAGGGGGAAAAGGAGUCAAGGGUCAAUCAGGGCCAAAAGGAAGGAGUGGUUCUACUGGAAGGAGAGGCAGUAAAGGUGUUGCAGGAAAGCCAGGACCUCAAGGACCAAAAGGGAAACAUGGCAAUCCUGGUCUCCCUGGAAAGCCAGGGAAGAGUGGAACAGAUGGACUGCUGGGAGUUAUAGGCACUGAGGGCGACCCAGGUGACAUCGGAUUCAGAGGACCUCCAGGGAAACCAGGUCCGCCAGGUGGUGCUGGCACCCCAGGAAAACCGGGUUUGCAAGGGAUUCAAGGACUAUCUGGACCAAAGGGCUCUAUAGGACCCAAAGGGAAACCAGGGCCCACUGGACUGAUAGGACCGAAGGGGAUUCCAGGACUUCAAGGUGAAAAGGGAGAUGUUGGACAGAAAGGACCUAAGGGCCAUAUUGGAAUUAGAGGAUUGCAAGGGCCCGUUGGACCACCAGGAGAAAAGGGAAAACAAGGUGCUCCAGGGUACAAGGGGCGGCCUGGGCCAAAAGGCAUACAGGGUGAAUCUGGUGCUCGUGGGCCUCCUGGUGGCAUAGGAUUUCCUGGUUCAACUGGUUUACCUGGAAGGAAGGGUAUGAAAGGAGUUCAGGGAAUAUCAGGACAAAAAGGUGUGAAAGGUCGGAGAGGUCCACCUGGAAAACCAGGUAUUCGCAGCCACCUGACACCAGGGCUUAAUACUCCACCUCGUGCUCAAAGAAGAGUCUCACAAAAUAAAGCAAGGUUAUUAUCACGAACGUCUCGAUUUGAUGACCCUGAAGAUGGGAUUGAGGAAAAUAGCCACUCACAAGGCACCAAAGACAGCCCAGCAACCACCUGCAGAGAGCUGAGUCUCAUCCAGCCUCACCUCAGAGACGGGCACUACUACGUUGAUCCUAACCACGGAUGUCCAUUUGAUGCUCUCCGUGUGUUCUGUAAUUUCACUGCUGGUGGUCUAACUUGUGUGUCUCCUGUCCAGUCUAAAAUUUCAGGAAUAUCGCAAUCAGUGGACAGAUCUAAAAAGUGGUUUAGUGAGCUUCACAGAGGCUUCAAGUUUGAGUACAGAGAUCUCAGUGUUGUCCAACUGCGAUUCCUACGGUUACACAGUAACUCUGCCACACAAAGCAUCAGCCUGAAAUGUCCCAAAAAACACAGCCCCACUGCUAAACACAAGGAUAAAACCAAGAGUGUGCUCCACUUACGAGGAGACUCCAAUGAAGAAAUCCAUCCAUCCCAUGUCAUCGUAUCACAACAUGGUUGUGAGGUAACGGCACAGGUGAGGGUUCUGGGGAAUUCAGAGCUCCACAGAGGAGAUGUGCAACUGCUUCCUAUAAGAGAUGUUUUUUUAGAGGGCGGAGGAGAGACCUGGGAAAGAGAUGCGAGCAUCGUCCUUGGACAUGUGUGCUUUUUAUAGUCUCUUUCCAAAGUAGAUCGCAUUUACAAAGCUCCUGGGAGGAAUGAAAUGUUUCCAGCUGACAGUACUUUGAGUAUUGUAUUAUAAUGUAAGGUACUUUAUGAUCAGUGAUUUCCAGCAUGGCUGAAUAUGUUCUCUGGGUUUAUAUUAUUCAGAUUUCCUGUAGACUGAAAGUGGUGCAAUAAUUGUUUGCAUGUGUGUAGUGAGCAUGUAAGUUUAUUUAGACUUGUGUGUCAGUGGGUUGUGAGUAUUUAUGAAAAUGAUUUAUUUAUGUAAGGUGUAAGAAUUUGUAUUGGAGGAAAAGUGUAAUUUACACAAUAUCUUAAUGUUUUACUAACUGAUAUUGAAAAAAUAAAAACCUUACAGGGCAUUCCUAAUUUAUAUACAGUAUAUUGCAAAAAUAGAAUGUUCUUUCUAGAAAUGUGUCAUUUAUUUUUGCAAUAUUCCUAAAGAUGCAAUAAACAAACCCUGGAUUACUAA